GUGAGAAUCAUCAGGAUACUGAACUGAGCACAGAGCUCUCUUACAUCCUGCUAUCCACAGUCUUCCAGAAAAGAACAGGUCUCCUUUCAACCUAUUUCUGAAUUAGUAUACUUCUGAAGAAUAAAUGGGAUCUGAAAUGAAUUUAAUAGGACAUCACCAGCUAGCCACUGCUGAUGGAUUUUCUAUUGCUGAAGGUCCUCAUUUGUUUGGUGUCCUUUCAGACCCAAUGAGUUCUCCAGUGCAAGAGGCAGAUGUGUCACCUUACACGCAGUACAACAGUGUGCCAUUUCCCCAAGUUCAGCCUCAGAUCUCAUCGCCGCCUUAUUACUCCAACCUAGGGUUCUACCCUCCGCAGCAUGAGGAAUGGUAUUCCCCCGGAAUGUAUGAGCUCAGGAGAAUACCCUCAGAGACCUUUUUCACAAGGGAGACAGAGAUGAUGGAUAUCCCUGCAGCCAAAAAGCCUAGACUGGGUCAUUCCACGGGAAGAGUGAAAGGAGAAGAGCUCUGUGUGGUAUGCGGUGACAAAGCCUCUGGGUACCACUACAACGCUCUUACUUGUGAAGGAUGCAAAGGGUUCUUCAGAAGAAGUAUAACAAAAAAUGCAGUUUACAAGUGUAAAAAUGGAGGCAACUGCGAGAUGGACAUGUACAUGAGGAGAAAAUGCCAGGAGUGCCGUCUAAGGAAAUGCAAGCAAAUGGGCAUGUUGGCUGAAUGUUUGCUAACAGAAAUACAAUGCAAGUCAAAAAGACUACGGAAAAAUGUAAAACAGCCCCCAGAUCAGACAGUUAAUGAAGAUAAUGAAGGCCACGACAUGAAACAAGUGACAUCUACAACUAAAAUGUAUAGGGAGAAAGUAGAAUUUACCCCAGAACAGCAGAACCUUCUUGAUUACAUCAUGGAUUCAUACAGUAAACAACAAAUACCACAGGAGGUGUCAAAAAAACUAUUACAGGAGGAAUUCAGUGCUGAAGGGAAUUUUCUGAUUUUAACAGAAAUGGCUACCAGUCAUGUUCAGGUUCUUGUGGAAUUCACUAAAAAACUACCAGGCUUCCAAACCCUUGACCAUGAAGAUCAGAUUGCUUUGCUGAAGGGCUCAGCAGUAGAAGCAAUGUUCCUUCGUUCAGCUGAGAUCUUCAGCAGGAAACUUCCUACAGGACAUACUGUCCUUUUAGAAGAAAGGAUUCGCAAUAGUGGUAUCUCAGCUGAAUUCAUAACUCCCAUGUUUAAUUUUUAUAAAAGCAUUGGAGAGCUGAAGAUGACACAGGAAGAAUACGCGCUGCUCACAGCCAUAGUUAUCUUGUCUCCAGAUCGACAAUACAUAAGGGACAGGGAGUCCGUGGAAAGGCUUCAAGAACCGCUGCUGGAUAUACUACAGAAAUUCUGCAAACUUCACCACCCAGAUAACCCUCAACACUUUGCUUGUCUUCUGGGCCGUCUGACAGAAUUACGGACAUUUAACCAUCAUCACGCAGAGAUGCUGAUGUCAUGGAGAGUGAAUGAUCAAAAAUUCACACCUCUGCUCUGUGAGAUCUGGGAUGUGCAGUGAUGGAUACUUUUAUUUUAGGAGAAGUAUCUUUUUAAAGGACCACAUAGCAUUUAUUUUCAUAGAAAGAUAUCCCACCAUACAUUAAGUUUUCUUUAUGCAUUUUUAUAGAAACAUGCCAUGGAUUCAUAAAAGUAAUUUUGUUCACUGUACACAGAAUACUGCAUAGCUUUCAGAUCUUCAUACGUAAGCACAACUUUCUCUGUAUUUAUAUUCUCUGAUCAGAAAGAGUCCACCUGCUCUUCAGAGGAACCUUCUGCUGCAAUUAAGCUGAUUGCAGUUACAGUUCCUCUUGAUGAAUGGGGAUAGCAGGUUUCCAUUCAUAUUUUUUCAUUGCAGUGUUUUUGUGCUUGGCC